UGGCCGCCAUGUGGUACACAACAGCAAAUUUGAGCAGGACCUCUGCCUUGCUGUUUGUGACGGGGGCGGCGGUUGGUAUAACAGCUUAUAUCAUUUACCGAUUGAGGAAGUUGUCGGAAGAAGAAGAGAAUGUCAACACAGAGUCAGACCAGGCACAAGGAAGUGAUGAAGAUGAACGGAGAAUUGUUGUCUUGGGGCUAGAUGGUGCUGGAAAAACUAGCUUACUAUCCUUCAUGUCUAAGCAAGAAAUUGUCCACCAACCAACACCUACAGAUGGUUUCAAUGUCAUGUGUAUUCAGAAUGAGAACAAAGCCAUAAACAUAUGGGAAGUUGGAGGAUCUGAAAAUAUCCGAGCAUACUGGAAAAACUUUAUACAGGACACCAACAUCUUGGUGUUUGUAGUGGAUUCUGCCGAUAGGAGCAGGGUAGAGGAAGCAGGGAAUGCCCUGAAGAGUAUACUACGUGAAGAGAAACUAGCCUCUGUCCCUGUCUUAGUUAUCGCAAACAAGCAGGAUGUACCACAAGCACUCAGUAAAGACAUUAUCAUUAAAAAAAUGGGACUAAAUGAAAUUCCCGAGAAUCACUGCCUGUCUGUCUUGGAGACACAAGUUCCACCAAAUGGGGAUAUCAAAGGUGUUGAAGACGUUAAGCUUCAGCUGCUCUCGAUAUCAUCAAGGACUGGUUGAAAUUUGAAGAGUGAAGUAUAAGUAUAAAGAAAACUUGGACGAGUGAAGCAUGAAUCUUAAGGAUUAUUUAAUAAAUUAGGUGACACAAGGUUACAUUUGACUCGUAGAUCAUGACGAAUAUGAAGAAAUUAUGCACAUUAUGUAGUUUCUAUUUCCAUGACUUUUUAUCUGUUUAAAGAUUCAAGUUUUGAGAACUUGCGUCACAUAAAUUUACCCGUUGUUUAGUAUAUAAAAUGUGAGGUCACACUAGUACUGCAUGCUGCAGCAUUUUGAAGUAGGUUAAAAAAUUGGUCUUGCUUUCAUACAAGUUUUCUAUUUAUUUUUGUAAAAUAUUAUUUAUUGUUAUUUUUGUGGGGUGGAGUAAUGGGUUUUGUCUUGUUUUCAAACAAUUUUUGUACUUUUUGGAAAGCAAGUAUUAUUUAUUGUUAUUUUUGUGGGGUGGAGUAAUGGGUUGUUUUGUGCUAGUUUUUAGGGGAUUUACAAAUAUAAACUGUGAUGUGAAGGUCUUGUGCUCAUUAUUUUAAAAAUAUUACAUAAUUUUCUUAUUUGUAAACAAGUAAAUGGUUACAUAAUCUAUAAUACCAUUCCAUUCCCUGUGGACACUAUAACUUGUGUUCUUUUUUCACAAAUAUUAAUAUUUUUUUUAAAUUAAAAAUAUAGCUUACUAAUUUCACGUGC